AUGCUCGUGUGUAUUUUAAUAGCCGUUAUUUUAUUCCUUAUAUUUCUAAGAUUGUAUUUGAAGUCAUGUGUGAGAAAGUGCAAAUGCAACACUUCAUUGGUUGGAAAAGUUGUAAUUGUGACGGGCGCAAACAGUGGAAUUGGAUACCAUACUGCUUUUAAAUUAGCGGCUAAAGGGAGUAAGGUAAUUCUUGCAUGCAGAAAUGAAAACCGAGCACGUAUAGCAAUAGACAAAAUCAAAAAUGGAACUGGUAAUUCACAAGUUACCUUCAAGAAACUCGAUUUAACGUCAUUGCAAUCUAUUCGUGAUUUUGCUGAUAAUGUUUUAAAAACAGAAGACCGUCUCGAUGUUCUUGUGAAUAACGCUGGAGCGUGUGCCCUUGAAAACAAGUACACUACAGAUGGAAUAAUAGAGGGAAUGCAAGUAAAUCACUUUGGACCGUUUCUGCUUACAUUACUUUUAAUACCUUUGCUAAAAAAGUCAGGACCCAGUAGAAUCAUAAAUGUCAGCUCGUUGGUCUAUUUAAUUGGGUUUGUGAAUUUAAAGAAGAUAAAUGAGAAGAGAGCGCUGAGGGCCACAUUGUAUGCUGAUAGCAAGCUAUGCAAUUUGUUGAUACAACAAGAAUUUGCAAGGCGUCUUAAAGAAAUGGAUAUUGUCAUAAACUCAGUGCAUCCUGGAAUCAUUAUGACAAAUAUUUUAGGAGAAAUGAACCCAUUUUUCGAAGCUUUCUUGACCUUUUUAUGUUGGAUGAGCCCAAGGACUACGGAUGAUGGCGCAGAGACAGUUGUUCAUGUGGCUUUAUCUGAAGAAUGCGGGAAUGCUACGGGAAAAUUCUACAUAGAUUGUAAAGAUACAUUUGUAUUAUACAAAGCACGAAAUCCCGAUCUUGCUCAGAAGCUUUGGGAAGUGUCUGAAAAUGUAGUUAAGGAUUACUUAUAAUAAUAGGCAAUGGCAUAAAUUUUAUCUUUAAAAAUAAAGACUGCUAUGUUUAUACAUUUUUUAUAAGAACUUUCCCAAAACCUAAGUUAAAAUUAAUAAUAUUUGGAGUUAUCUCUUGCCGACUGCUUUUCGUCCAAACGAAUGAUAGAAACACAAUAAACAUAUUCAACUUUUUAAAACUACUUACAAAGUAAACCUACUUGAAUUAAUUUGAUUUUUCUGUUUAUUU